AUGAUUGACAUUUUCAAUGACUAUUGUGACUUCUGCUUUGUCACCUUUGGUGACAGAGUGAAACUGUGGAUGACCAUCAACCAGCCUCACUCAAGAACUGCACCAUACAUAGUUGCACACAACCUGAUCAAAGCUCAUGCCAAGGCUUACCAUACAUAUGAUGACAAGUAUCGCGCAUCCCAAGGAGGUCUAGUAUCCAUUGCCCUCAAUGCAGACUGGAUUGAACCAAAAGAUGCCAAUGUUCUUCGUGAUGUGGAAUCUGCUGACCGCGCACUGCAGUUCCAACUGGGUUGGUUUGCACAUCCCAUUUUCAAGAAUGGUGACUAUCCUGAUGCGAUGAAGUGGCAAAUUUCAGCCAUAAGUGAACUCCAAGACCUCUCAGAGUCAAGACUACCUUCCUUCACUGAAGAGGAAAAGAACUACAUCAAGGGAACUGCUGACAUGUUCUGUAUAAAUCAUUACACUACAAAGGUAGUAACAUUUGCUACAGGUCACCUUACCAAUCAGUCGUAUGAACAAGACAGGGAUGUGUUAGAAACAGAGGAACCUACUUCACCAGAAACGCCCUAUGAUCAACAACGAGCUGUGGCAUGGGGCUUGAGAAGACUCCUCAACUGGAUCAAGGAGGAGUAUGGAAAUCCACAGAUUUAUGUUACUGAGAAUGGAUGGCAGAAAGAACUUCAGAUUGCUAUGGCACAUGGGAGUGGAGUAGAGUUGGGGUGGGGUGCAGAGGGUGUUGACCAUGGCUGCUUUUUUAAUGAUGCUUUUCUUUCAUUUCAGAUUGAAGGUGGCUGGAGAGCUGAUGGAAAGGGAUUUAAUAUCUGGGAUGAGUUUUCCCACACUCCUGGGAGAGUGGCCAAUCAUGAUAAUGGCGAUGUUGCUUGCAAUAGUUACAACAAGCUUGACGAAGAUAUCGAGGUGCUGAAGAAGUUGAAAGUGACCCACUAUCGCUUUUCUGUAUCCUGGCCCAGAGUGCUUCCUGACGGCACUAAUAACAACAUUAAUGACGAUGGACUCAAUUACUACCACAGAUUACUGGAUGCUUUGGAAGCUGCAAAUAUUCAGCCCCAGCUGACACUGUACCACUGGGAUCUUCCAUUAGCGCUUCAAAGAAUUGGAGGCUGGGAGAAUGACAUCAUUGUCCAAAGAUUCAGAGAAUAUGCAGAUGUUUUAUUCAGCAGACUUGGAAGUAAAGUAAAGAUCUGGAUCACCCUCAACGAACCCUGGAUUGUAGCCCUCCUUGGAUAUGGAUAUGGCAACUUUGCUCCAGGCCUCCCCAGCCAGCCCCAGCAGGCUGUGGUGAACUGCUACCAGACCCUGAUGAAGCAGCUGCACCAGGUGGGACUUGAGCCUCUGGUCAUCCUUCAUGGAUCCACUGUACCAGACUCUCUGAGAUCAAGGGAAAAUGUGGAGACACACCCAUAG